GAAAUUCAACCUCUUUUUUUGUACUUUUACAACUCACUAGACCGCAGCGCAUGAGUAUGUGUGUGUUCUUUAUUUCCUUUGCCCUUAAAGCCCAAGCGGGUGAAAAGCAAAGCAAUCCAAUCGAGGCGUGAUAUUUCCGGGUCCUAUGACUUAUCAGGUGGUUGUCCGGUGGGAGGAGAGGGAGAGGGAGCGUGUGCUUUCUGUUUGAAUACUUUCCUUACUCUCGUCCCUGAAUCCAAAACACUUCUGAGUGAAUGAGUAGAGGGGACGUGGUUGUUCAAGGUUGCUAAAACUUUCCUCUCUCAUAACUGACUUUUGGCAGCAUGGCAGGCGGAUCCGUGUCGGAGUGUAAGGAGUAUUUGUUUAAAGUUUUGGUAAUCGGGGAACUUGGUGUGGGAAAGACGAGCAUCAUCAAGCGAUACGUGCAUCAACUCUUCUCGCAACACUACAGAGCGACCAUAGGAGUGGAUUUUGCGCUCAAAGUCAUCCACUGGGACAGCAAAACACUAGUGCGGCUACAGCUGUGGGACAUCGCAGGUCAAGAACGCUUUGGGAACAUGACCAGAGUUUACUAUAAGGAGGCAGUGGGUGCAUUUGUUGUUUUUGACAUUACUCGAGGCUCUACAUUUGAAGCUGUUUCAAAAUGGAAGCAUGAUUUGGACAGCAAGGUGAAACUGGCCAAUGGCAACCCUAUCCCUUCUGUCCUUCUCGCCAACAAAUGUGACCAGAAUAAAGAUGGAUCCAACAAUUCCACAACUAUGGACAACUUCUGCAAGGAGGCUGGCUUUUUGGGUUGGUUUGAAACAUCAGCUAAGGAAAACAUUAAUGUUGAGGAGGCUGCCCGGUUUCUGGUGGAGAAAAUCCUUCACAACGAUAAAGGUCUUCCAUAUGAAGACAACAACGGUGACAAGAUUAAACUGGACCAACAAACAAUGCUUGCUGAGACCAAGUCAGGUUGCUGCUAGUGUGGACGCCAGGGACCGAGCUCAACAAAUCCCCCAGUCUCACCUCAUCCCAAACCCCUGCCACAGAUCACAUACAUAACCAGGGUCAACAGUUUUGUGCUCUAAAACGGGAGAAGACAUCACUGCCAAAGAACAGAAGAUCAGAUGAAAACAUCUGAUGCUUUUAAUUUUUCUCUCUCACUUUUAUGUGCCUUGUUUGUCUUUUUUAAAAGUGUCAAGCAAGUAACUUCAGUAUGUGCUUGUAAUACUGCUCAAAACAAAUUAAACUAAAUGGGUGUCAUAGGACCAGGCAAAUAACAGUAAAAGUUCUUAGCCAAAAUUAGAUUAAACGAAUGCCUUUGUCUCAGAGGGUGAGCUGUUUUUAAUGUAUCAUGGACUUUUUGGAUCUGCUGCUGGGAAUCGCAGUUCUCGAGAUGUCACUUUAUGGCAAAAUAGUACAUAUUCCCAGGGCAUUUAGUCUGUAGUGAAGAUCCAACCAUCAGUCUUGAAGCUCUUACCACAAAAUAAUUGGAUCAAGAAAAAAAUUAAAAGAAGAUUAAUUUUCCUCUAUUGAGAGAACUGUAGGAAUCAUCAGCCUAUAAGCAUGUACAUGUGUGGUUUAGAGAAUAAGAUCAUGUUGGGUUUCUUCAGGCUUGUACAUGUUAAUGUUAAAAUAUGUUUAUUAAUUGUUUUUUAAAUUGGUACUUAAUGAGGGAUCUGAGCACUUGCUCUGUCCAUGGCUUUAUUCUAGAAUUACCUGAAGGCAAACAUAAUUUAAUAUGCUGGAUUGAAUUUGUCGAGUUUACAAAUAAAUGUUUGUUGCAGUUAUAAUGACAGAAUAAAACUUUUUAAACCAUU